AUGGUGAAAAAUCUACAACAACUACCUUCCCAGCAACUUUUGCAAGAGAUACAAGAGUUUAUUGUCACCCGACCUAACCAUAAAAGGUUAAGAAUCACUGAAGCAAUUGGUUUUAAUCCAGAACUAAAACAUCCGGAACCGGAAUACCAAGACUUAUAUCUAUUGCGGGGCAAAAGAAAAAAAGACCGUUAUGUUUAUAUCGCUCCGGAAAUAAUAGGAAUAUUAAAACAUCAUCAUAUCGAAUUAGCGCCUCACACCUUGCGAAGAUGUUUUGCUACUUAUAAUCUUUUGGCCGGAAUGCCUCUCAACAUUUUGCAGAAAUUUCUUGGACAUAGCCGUGUUUCCACCACUGCCUUAUAUAUUAAGGAUAGUGAUUUGGCUAAUUUAUUGAAAUUUAAACCCAUUUAA